UCCUGUUUCAGGUCUGUCGAGCUAACGGGCACAUAUGGCCAUCGCCUUGGUUGAGGUGUUUUCUCUGGUUUCCUUUGUUUACUUCAGCUCUUGCGACAUGCGGUUAAAACGCUCUCUCUGACUAAAGGAAGGUACCAUUAUUCCCCUCGCACUCCUCCGCUCACCUUGAUGAGAAGUCAGAAGAAUGAUCGCAUCCUUGUCUAAAGGAAAUCUGCUUGACGUGCUGCAGGAGGGUCCCAAUGAGCAACUGGCUGCGUAUGUGUCCUGGGUUAAUGCUCAGUUGAGGAAGAGACCAGGACUGAAUCCUGUGAGUGAUCUACGACAGGAUCUUAGAGACGGUGUGGUACUUGCACACCUCAUUGAGAUAGUGGCUGGUGAGCUGCUGGAUGGCAUUCAUUAUGAGCCACGGGACGAUCAGGAGAAGAAGCAGAAUGUGGAGAAGGUUCUUCAGUUUGUGUCAUCCAAACGGAUCAGAAUGCCACAGACAUCUGCCAGGGACAUUGUGGAAGGGAACCUCAAAUCCGCCAUGAGGCUCAUCCUCGCUCUUGCUGCACAUUUUAAACCCUCUGCAUCAGCCAAUCACAGAGCUGGAGCUGGUAUAAGCAGGAGUUCCACUGGCUCGUCGGCCAAUCACAGGCCUCAUUCCGCAAUGGCCAUGGCCCAGAAUGCAGCAGCAGCACUGGCAGUGGCCAGACAGGAUGCCUCUCGCCCCGGCCGUUCUGUCUUUCACCUCAGGCAAGAAUGGAGUCGCAGCUGCCUUGGUGAUGAGGAAGGUGAAAACCCCUGUUGGAGUGUUCGAGCUCUGGUUCAGCAGUAUGAGGGACAGAGAGGCUCAUUUGAAGAGGAGACAGGAGCAAAAUCCUCUGGCCUCAGUUCACCGAGCCCAACUCACACUCCCAAAGACUCCAUCAGCCUAUCAGACGUGAAAGCAGGACUGUUAGACACCUUAUCCAGAGAGAAGUCCAUUAAGUCAGAGGACACAGUAAAAUUGGCCCUAUGUGAGAAGGCCAUUGUCUCUGGGCACGAUGGCCCUGCUGGCUGCACAAACUGGGAGGACAAACUGUGUGAGCAACAGGAGCAGCUGGAGAGGGAGAUGCAGGAGGCCCGGCAAAUGGUGUCCAGCCUCCAGGCUCUACUUCUACACGGUUCAUUACCUGAGGAUGAGCAGGAGGUGUCGCUCAGUCUGGGUGAGGGAGUCGAAAAUGCAGAGCAGCAACUGGUUGUAAUACGAAGUCGUCUGGACCAGAGCAUGGAGGAGUGUCAAGAUCUGAAGAGAGAGUUGCUGAGGUUUAAACAAGAGGCUCGCAACUUGCAAGGAGUGAAAGAUGCUCUACAGCAGCGUAUGGCUGUGCAGGAGUCUUCAGUCCUGCAGCUCAAACAGGAGCUCCUGCGCUCCAGUAUGGCCAAAGAUGAGCUGGCUGGACAAAAUGUUGAACUGCAGAAAAAGCUGGAGGAGAGGAGCAGACUUCUCAGUGAAUAUAAGAAAGAACUGGGCCAAAAGGAUCGGCUUCUGCAGCAGCAGCAGAUGAAGCUGGACGAGGCCAUGCGUAAACUGACAGACAGCAGCAGCCAGCAGGUUUGCCUGCAGAGGGAGCUGGAGGAUAAGGAGAGUCUCCUCAAAGAGUUAAUGAGCCAUCAGACAGAGGAGCUUCCUGGCUCACAAAACAACGGCUACUCACAUCCACCCGUCACAACAACAACAAAACCACACCAUGGGGCCGAGGAGCUGCAGUUAGUCAGAGAUGCUCUUCGCAGUCUGAGGAACAGCUUUGGUGGUCACGACCCUCAACAUCACACUCUUGACACCCUCGAGCAAGGAGUGUCCAGCCUGAUGGAGCGCAUGUAUGACCUGGAAACACGCCACAAACAUGAGAGGAGGACUCGAGGCAAAUCGCCAGGACAUAAAGCGUCUCACUCAGAUCGGGAUUCCUGGCCUCCUACUUCGAAAAUGGCUCAUUCUCAGAGCAGUCCAGCGCUCGGCUCAUCUGCACUCACCAAAGUCCUGUAUUUCACUGACCGCUCGCUCACGCCAUUCAUGAUCAACAUCCCCAAGAAGCUGGGGGAAGUCACUUUGCAAGACUUCAAGACUGCUGUUGAUCGGGAAGGCAAUUAUCGUUACCAUUUUAAAGCACUGGAUCCAGAGUUUGGCACUGUGAAGGAAGAGGUGUUCCAGGAUGAUGCAGUGGUGCCAGGCUGGGAAGGGAAGAUUGUGGCCUGGGUAGAGGAGGAUCAUGGGCAAAGAGGAACUUAAUACACGUCAGCAACAAUCCGUCAAAGGAAACAGAAAGAUCUGUGCCAAAAGAGAAGAACAUUGAUUUUGCAGUAGAGAAUGAAGCUCCUUCAGUCUGUCUUGCAUGAGCUGAACCACAGAACGAGGCUGAAAGGACAUAAAGGAUUACCCUAAUGAUUGAGAAAGUCUGAUCUCAUGUUUGUCCGGACCAGUAUUACUCGAAUAUAACAAUAUAAAGAAGAUUUGUGAUCUCUUUUGAGGUCUUGCCAUAGAACAAACCAAUACCCAUUCCAGUAAACACUUUACAAGAUGACAGACGCUUCACUGUGACUCAAGGAGCCUUUCGGAUCUCUCAAUUUUCCUACUCUAAAGUAGAUUCUGCCAGAUUACAGAUUACUAAAUGAGAAUAGUUGGCUUUCUUGAAAAGAGACAAGGAGGUGUUCUUGACUGUCAGGGGUUGUUGUGUGAUUGUGGUUAUGAAAGUGGGGAGGAAUGUAGUGAAAGUACGUGUUAAGAGUGGAAAGAGCUUUUAAGCCUCUGUAUGAUUUUUGAUUUAAUCUAAGAGAAGGAUUUUCCCUGAAACAUAAAGGACAUUUAAGCUCCUCCAAGGACCAAAGUAUUUGAUAUAAAAGCAACAACAUCGUAAAUGUCCCUUAUGUGUUAUCAUUCACAUGAAGAUGUGAGAUUAAAGCUCUUGAUUUUGAUCGUAGCACAACAUAUAAAUGUAGUACAGAGGAAUUUCAACUUCUGAUUAUCAUUUCAAAAUCCAUUUUAGUAACUCUCAGAUGUGCUGUUUGAAUUCACAGUGUUUUGAGUUUACAGGAAAGUGCCUGGAAUCUGCUACCAGAGAGAGAUGACCUUUUGUAUUUUUGUUCUUGUUUUAUAUUCAUGUAAAUAUGUUAAUAUCUAAGAGAGAGAGCAAGGCAUGGUGCCUUUAUACUGUAUAAAUGAUGUCCUGUAAAUCCUGAUUAAUAUUUUGAAGAUGUGAAAAGGUCCCCUCUGUAUCCAAAAGAGGGUCUGUAUUACGCUCGUCAGAGUAGCCUGUGGCUGACAGUAGAUGUUGAUGCAAACCGCUGUAUGCCAUACAUCAGAGUCUGCUUUUAAACCUCCAGAUUACUGCUGGUUGUGUUCCUGGUUUAAGAUCAUUAUUUGGUUAUCAAAUAAACAGUCUAAAGCA